AUGGCGAUGUCGAUGCCGCAGAAUGCUGUCUUUCCUCGCAGUCACGUAGGAUUUGACAGUAUCACCUCACAGAUCGAGAAGAAAUUGUUGAAGCGAGGCUUCCAGUUCAACGUGAUCUGUGUUGGACAAACUGGUCUCGGAAAGUCGACUUUAAUCAAUACUAUCUUCGCCUCCCACCUCAUCGAUUCAAAGGGCAGAUUGCGACCCGACGAGCCUGUACGAGCCACCACCGAGAUUCAGACAGUCUCGCAUAUCAUUGAGGAGAACGGUGUACGGCUCAGACUCAACAUCGUGGACACACCUGGUUAUGGAGACCAAGUGAACAACGACAGAUGCUGGGAUCCUAUCGUCAAAUACAUCAAAGAUCAGCAUUCAGCAUACCUGCGGAAAGAGCUGACGGCUCAGCGAGAGAGAUACAUCCAGGACACCCGCAUCCACUGCUGCUUGUUUUUCAUCCAACCCUCCGGCCAUGCCCUAAAACCUAUUGAUAUUGUCGUACUGAAGAAAUUGUCCGAUGUGGUAAACGUGGUGCCGGUCAUUGCAAAGUCGGAUUCCCUCACAUUGGAAGAACGAAGAGCAUUCAAAGAGCGAAUAAAGGAGGAGUUCGCUUUCCACAACCUUAAGAUGUACCCAUAUGACAACGAUGAGCUGGAUGACGAAGAGCGAGCAACCAAUGCAACAAUCAAAGAGAUCAUACCCUUUGCUGUUGUCGGCAGUGAGAAGAGCAUCAUUAUCAGCGGCAAGCAAGUUCGAGGUCGACAGAACAGAUGGGGUGUUAUCAAUGUCGAGGACGAGAACCACUGCGAGUUUGUCUACCUGCGAAACUUCCUCACCAGAACUCACCUACAAGACCUAAUCGAGACGACGUCGCAAAUCCACUACGAGACUUUUAGAGCCAAGCAACUGCUGGCUCUCAAGGAUGCUAGUGCUGCGGGUGGCAUGUCAGGCAGCAGACCCAUUUCUCCUUCGGCCGACCGCGAACUCAGCAGGAAUUCACAACGGAUGACCAUGAAUGGUUACUAG